AACAUACCCACAUUGUAAAAAUAAAAAAGUCGCUUUUUGUUUAAAAAUUCUUACAAAAAUUUCAUUAAAACGUUGAUAAAUUUAAUUAUUGUACAUUUUCGAAAGUUAAAGUGUAUAAACAAACUGAGAACGGAACAUUAAAAGCCUUCUUAGAGAAAUGUACGACGACGAAGAUAAUCCCAAAACCAAUGAGGAAGAUGAGAUGGAGACAACCGAGGAAGAACCUACAACUAGUAGGGCAAAUAAAAAGGAAACAUCACCACCCAUAUCCGACGAUGAACCCGAAGAACCACCACCAUCGUUCAGCUUGGCCACAUUGGGACUACAACGUGUGGGCACUGCACCGCCACCAAAGCCGCAACCCCAACAACCGAUACAAAUGCUUAAUGCCCGCGGCAUGCCGGCUAGAAUACGCAAACGUAAUCGUUUCUUUUUCGACGAUGACAUUAUUAACGAUGACAAACCUUUGAGAAUGAGUCUUUCGCCGCGUAAAGCGGGCGGCAUUAUGAAGAAUAUUUCACCCACUAAGACACCUACCAAAGUGCUGAAGAAACGUAAAGGCGUUGUGUCCAGAUACAUGCGCUCCGAAGAUGGCAAAUUGACUAUGCAACAAAGAUACACCACGCCCACAAAAUCCUCUGGCAGUGUUUCAGCUAACACUACACCCAAAUCGAGUAUAAAGAGUACCAAUAAUACCCCUGGCUCACAUUCGAAUUCGGCUUCGAUUGUACCGGCCGAUAAGAGAAUCGGUCAACGUAUUGGUUUACGUUUGCGCAAUUUGCUGAAAUUGCCCAAGGCCCAUAAAUGGGUGAUAUUCGAGUGGUUCUAUUCGUUUAUAGACAAACCUUUAUUUGAGGGUGACAAUGAUUUUCAAGUGUGCAUAGCAGAGUUAUUUCCGCAUUUGCGAACUCGACAAAUGACCAGACUUGAAUGGCAAAAGGUACGUUCGUUAAUGGGCAAACCACGCCGUUGUUCGCAGGCCUUUUUCGAUGAGGAGAGGCGAGAGUUGGAAAGAAAACGCCAAAAGAUGCGUUACAUGCAAACGCGUUGCCGUUCUGGUGACAUAAAGGAUUUAAAUUUUGUACGAGAUUUGCCGGAAAAAAUACCAUUGCCUCUGCCUUUGGGCACCAAAGUAACGGCUAGACUACGCGUACCACAAGAUGGUAUAUUUAGCGGCACUGUAGAUGCUUUCGAUUCUGUGUCCUCUAGCUACAGAGUAACAUUCGAUCGCAAUGGUUUGGGCACCCAUUCAAUACCCGAUUAUGAAAUUGUCUCGGAGAACUUUAAUGAAAUGUUACCAUUGCAGAGCAUCACCAAAGACUUUCGUCCUAGUCUAUCGGCUGUUUAUAAUGGUGGUGGUAGCUCGUCCAGUACAAAUAUCAUGUCACCUUUAAGGGCGGCACGCUUGCGCAAUACUUUGAAUAUGAAUUUGAAUAAGAGUGAUCCUUUGUUGGGCCAGGAAUUCAUAGACAGUCCCUUCAAGAAUCCCGUACUAAGGGAGGAAAACAUUAAUGGCUAUCCGCCGAAACUAUUGGAAACAUUGGUGCGUUUGAAACGAGCUUUGGCCAGUAAGAAAGCAAAACUGCAGCGUCUCAAUGACAUGAACCAUGAAGCAGAGCUCAAGGCCUCACAACAGCUAUUAGCUGCCCAUAAUAAUUCAAAUUCCUCCGCUUCAUCGGACGACAGUCAAAAUGCUGCAACGGCUGCCACUAGCUCUACGGCCGAAACAAAUACACCCCAGUUGAAUGAAGAAUUUCAAAGACGUUAUGCUUCCAUAGUAAUUUCUAUGGAGAAAAUGAAUCGUGACAUACUGGACUAUCUAAACGAUGUACAAGUCUUUGCCGGUGAACUAACGCCCGAUCCCCAGGUGCGAGCCAUGCUAACACCCUCAUAUUUGCGUGAGAAAUGUCGCGAGUCAGCCGAGGAUGCAGUGAAACGUAAUAAUCAAGGCAUAAUUAUGAAUAAAAACAUUUUAGGUUUAAUUAAAAAACUAGCUACCGUAUUAAUUGUGGCCUCGCAUCUGAGCACUGAGAAUUCAUCUCAAGUCAAUAAGAUUUUAGAGGGCUGCAUCGAAGAGGUGCGUUCCAGUUUGAAUGGCGUCAAUGUGGAAACAUUUCAAAAACACGUGCAAAUACAUUUGCAUCACAUACGCUGUGGCAUAGGACAGAGUAUGAUGAACACCAGUGGAUCAACUAAUGCAAUUGCAUCGUCACAUUUUAGCGGUGGAGCAGCUGGCGCUAUGGACCGUUAAACGGCUGGUUUUUAUUAAUUGAUUUCUUAUACCCCCUAAUAUAUUGUUUAAUUGUAGUUUUCUUUUCUCGUAUUCAAUAAUUAUUACUUGUUUAAUUAAGUACGUUUCAAAUAAAAAUUUUAUUAUUUGCUAAAUAAAAA